AUGAUGAGCAACAACGAACAAGUUGAGAGUCAAUCAAGUACCAUCACAAAUGUGCCAACUACACCUACAAUAGUAGUUUCUCCUAAAGUAGCACCUUUGAUCACUCCUGGAGGAACAAAAGAAUGGCAUCCAAUAUGCCCCAAUGAGUUGAAACCAGCUAUAGGGAUGAAGUUUAAUAAUCUUGAAGAGGGCCUUGAAUUUUAUAAAGGCUAUGCAUUUGCUUCUGGUUUCAAUACAAGGAAGUCUACAACUAAAAGACAAAGAAGAAGCAAAGAAUUGAAAUAUCAGUAUAUCUUGUGCAAUAAGGAAGGAUACAAAGAGAAAAGAAAGACUACUGUAGAAAAAGAUUUAAAUAACAAGGAAGGGGAAAACAAUGAAGAAAAAUCUUCAAUCAAAAGGAAGAGACUCGUUACUCGUGUUGGGUGCAAGGCACAUAUUGUCCUAAAGCAUUGUGAAUAUUGGUCCCGUUACAACUUUUCGAAUGAUGAAGGAAAUUGUUGGAGGAUAUGA